AUGUCCACACUCCUCUCCUCUCUCCUCCAACCAUUUCUUUUUCCAAUAUCCUCAGAUCCACGCUACCAGAACCGGUAUCAGGCUUGCGGUAUGUCUGAUUUCAAGUUAGAUGUGGUUAUUGCUCAAGAUUUUCCGGAGCCUGAUUUUAGGCCUAAAAAGGAAGAAACUAUUUCAGGUGCUGAAAAGAUUAAUGACGCAGUGUACAAGAUUUUUAGUGGUAAUUUUGCCGGACGUAGAGCUAUAAGUGACAGGCUCUUUAGAGGGAAUCAAGCAGAUAGUGACAGUCUUGGUAAUCCAAAUGGUGGGGAAGAAAAACGUGAACAUGGAUCAGGAAAAAAAUCCGGGCCUCUUUUAUCAGGAACGGCUUACUGCAUUUCGUCUUGUGGCAUGAUAUUGUUGAAUAAAAUUGCUUUAUCAACUUAUAAUUUCAAUGCAGGGAUAUCACUUAUGUUUUACCAAAAUUUGAUCAGUUGUCUUGUUGUUGCUGUACUGGGCCUCUCUGGAGUCGUUUCAGUUGAAAAGCUCAGUUGGAAACUAAUAAGGGUAUGGAUCCCUGUCAACAUAAUCUUUGUUGGCAUGCUUGUAUCAGGCAUGUAUAGUUUGAAAUACAUAAACAUAGCGAUGGUUACAAUUCUGAAGAAUGUGACAAAUAUUAUAACUGCAAUAGGAGAAGUGUAUAUUUUCCGGAAACGUCAGAAUCAGAAAGUGUGGACUGCCAUGUUUUUUAUGAUCAUCUCUGCCAUUAGUGGUGGUAUCACAGACCUUUCCUUUGAUUCCAUGGGUUACACGUGGCAAAUUAUGAAUUGCAUUUUAACAGCCAGCUACUCGCUUACCUUGCGGAAGGUAAUGGAUAAAGCAAAGCAGUUAACCAGAACUGGAUCUCUUAAUGAAAUUUCGAUGGUCCUGCUGAAUAAUUUGUUAUCUCUACCUUUCGGUAUCAUCUUGAUUCUGCUAUUCAAUGAAUGGGAAUACGUAAUAACUACGGAUGUGAUUAAAUUACCAAUGUUUUGGGUUGUUGCAACAGCCAGUGGAUUACUUGGACUUGCCAUUAGCUUCACCUCUAUGUGGUUCCUAUAUCAAACUGGCCCCACCACUUACAGUCUGGUGGGUUCCCUAAACAAGAUUCCCAUAUCUUUUGCUGGUCUUGUGUUGUUCAAGGUUCCACUCAGUUUACCAAAUCUUUUCAGUAUACUUUUCGGCCUAUUCGCUGGAAUAUUCUUUGCCAGGGCUAAAAUGUCCAGAUCCUAG